AUGACUCAGGUGCACACGAUGACGAUUCGAAAGCUGAGGAAAACUGGUCCUGUGGACAACAGCAUCUUUGACGGGCCGAGAUUGAUGAAGAAGUUCAUCGAAAAGGUCAAAAUUGACCCUAUCACAACAUUGUUGACAGGAUAUCGCUUCGAUCAUAUAUAUAUCAAAAAGAUGUUGAAGGGUAAAGGGCAGCAGGAGAGAAGAGUCGUGCUGGAAGGGAGUCUGUGGCUUGCUGACAACGCUGAGACAAUUCACUCGAAGUUUGCCGUGGAUCUGGACUCAUGGGAAGUGCGGAUCGAGGGAGUGCUGGAAGGAGGGACGACAAUCGAAAUCCAGGCAGCCGAACCUACUCCUGUCAAACCAGCUCAUUUCGAGGACGAGGAAGGGAUGUUCGAGUAUAUGAUCAGUCAACAUUGGGCUUCAUUGCAGCACAGUCAAGGCAUAUACUAG